AUGUUCCGCAAGCUCGCCGCCAUCGCGACCCUCUUCCUCGCCGCGCUCCGCGCCGUGCACCGGGGGCUCGACUCCAUCCCGGCGUCGACCCUGACGCCGUUCACCGACUUUGGCGAGAACCCGAACGACGUGCAGAUGUACGUGUACAAGCCCGCGCACGUCGCCGCGAACCCCGCGCUCCUCGUCGCGAUACACUACUGCUCGGGCACCGCGCAGGGCUACUUCUCCCGCUCCAAGUUCGCGCAGCUCGCGGAGACGUACGGCUACGUCGUCAUCUACCCCUCCUCGCCGCACCCCGACACCUGCUGGGACGUCUCCUCGGACGCGACGCUCACGCACGACGGCGGCUCGGACUCGCUCUCGAUCGCCAACGCCGCGCGCCACGCCGUCGCGUGCUGGGACGUCGCCCCCGCGCGCGUCUUCGCCCUGGGCACGUCCUCGGGCGCGAUGAUGACCGCGGUGCUCGCGGGCGCGUACCCGGACAUCUUCGCGGCGGGGGUCGUCGACUCGGGCGUCGCGUUCGGGUGCUUCGCGCUGCCCGGGGCGGCGGAGGACUCGUGGAGCGCGCGGUGCGCGGCGGGCGAGCUCGUGCGGACGGGCGCGGCGUGGGCGGCGGAGGUCGCGGCGGCGUACGCUGGGUACGGCGGGGCGUACCCGAGGAUGCAGGUGUGGCACGGCACCGCGGACGCGACGCUCCACCUGCAGAACUUCUACGAGCAGAUCAAGCAGUGGACGACGGUGUUCGGGUACGCGGCGACGCCGGUGUCGAACGUGUCGGAGGCGGCGCUGCCGUCGGGGUACUCGAACGCGACGUUCGGGCCGAGGCUGCAGGCGAUCCUCGCGCAGGGCGUCGGGCACACGGUGCCGCUGUUCGAGCAGCAGUACCUCGAGUUCUUCGGGAUCGCGUGA